AUGUCGAAUCAUCCAUAUACUAAGGCUCUGUUUGGUAGAAAGAAACCUGUUUCUUUUUGUUUCUUCAUUCAAAAGGGGGAAUCCACAAACCCACCUUCCAAGCGUGCUGUUUGGAAAUCGCAUGAGGAAGUGGAGCUCGUCCACUCCCUUCUUGAAGUUAAGCGUGCAGGUGGCACUUCGAAUAUCGGGAUCAAAGACAAGGUUUGGAACUCAGUUUCCACACACUUAACUGAGGAAUGCGGGACUGUGUUCAAGCCGAGUGCUUGUAAGAAUAAGUAUGGCAAGACUUUCAGAGCAGUCAGGAUUUCCGUGGAGCAAUGA